AUGCACAACCGAUCAUAUUUGCGCUGUCAUAGGAUAGUCUUGGUUUUGGCUUGCAUUGCAGGCAUUUCAAGCGGAGCCACCGCAUCUUUGUCACUGGGCGGAAGUGUGGAGUUAGACAACUGUCAAAAGGUCUCCCAGACGGACUUGGGAUCCCCAACUGUGAGUGAGAGCAAAGACGGACCAGCAGAUCACCGAGAACACCCUGAGCGGGAAGAGGACGCGGUUCUUGUGAAUGGGUACAAACUGGUAUUGAUCACCAUCGGGCUCUUCUUCUCCACAGCCUACCUGCUCACUACCCACGCCGUGACACUCCCUUUCAGCCGUCUAAAAACCUUCUUCCCCAUGAAUUAUAUCAAUAUGGUGGCCGGCCUAGGGGGAGGGGGGCCAUUCUUCGGUUCCCUUAUCGUCAUUACUCACAGUGGGCCACUUCGCCAACGGACAGCCUUCUCAGGGUACCUAGUGAGCGUACUUUCAGUGGCGAACUUAAUCACCGAACCUGUCGCACCGAUAAGCCUAAGGGAAAACGUGGUUCGUCUUGAUCCUUUGGGGACGGCCAUCUUCCUACCAGCUAUGGUGUGCCUGCUGCUAGGACUCCAGUGGGGAGGUACACAAUGCCCCUGGCUCAAUGCUCGCAUGGGCCCACGAGCCACUGUUCCACCGCGCCUGCACCGCGACCGAAACAUCCGGGUCUCAGCACUGUACGGCGUCUGUCGAAUUGGUGUCAUGUUCAUCUUUUUCUACUAUCUCCCCACCUUGCUCCAGGUGGUUCAGGGGGUCCCAGCCACCAAGCCCGGUUUUCAGAACCUGCCGCUCAUCAUAUCCAACCUUAUAUUGGCUAUCAUUUGCGUCGUCCUGUAUCGUCGCUGGGCGGCUCUCGACACCGCAGUGAGAUUUCGGGGCAGGUCAGUGGAUUGUAUACCAGGUGGUUCUGAGGAUGGCAUCGGCAUGGGCUUCCAGCUGCUUGUUUUCGUCCUCCUUCACGGUUGCACCUUCGUUUUCGUUGCGCAAGAUAUCUUUCGCAAUAGGUUAUCGGCAGGCAUCCACACAGCCUUGCCGAUGCUGGACCCUCGCGCGGUAAAUAAUGUCGGUCCUACCAGUCUCCAGAGAGUGUAUUCGAGUGAUACUCCCUCGAGUGUAGAUAUUAUGAAUAAUUAUGUCGUGGUGCACACUUUCCAUCCAGCCAUUGGCUUAUCUGAUGCUUCAUUCUUCGCUGCAACUGUCGUUUAG